AAUGCUAAAAUGCUAACCGCUGCUAGCGGCGGAGUUUGUGAAGUUCCGAAAGUCGAACAAAAGUCGAACAAAGCGGGCAGGUACCGGCUGAUCGAGUCCGAGGCAGACAGCCGGAGGGUUGUAGUCCAGAGGAAAAAAGUUAGCUGCUGGAGGGGCAGCACGUGAGCACAGUUAGCUUUCUGUUAGCUUCCCGGUAACCCCGCCGUGACCCUGCGGGGGCUCAAGGCUUCAGUCCGGCCACCGUGGAUAAAUGUUCUCCAGGGCAUUUCUUAUAAGUGUGAUCCAGUUUAAUCACUGCAGACGCGCUGAUCAGUGGAGCGAAUUGUUGACCGGCGCAGGAACAGGAAGGGGCGGGUGGAGUAUCUGGUCAGGUGGCGAGGUUACGGCUCUGAGGGUGAUACCUGGGAGCCAGAGAGUCACCUGUCCACCUGCAUGGCGUAUGUUCAUGAGUUCAACCGCCAGCACGCUGAGCGCCACAGACAUGGCACCCUACUGCGAUCUACCCGCAGCACACCUAACCUACAGUGCAGCCCUGCCCACAGAGCACCCUGCAAGCCGCACACUGCUCGUAGUGACAUCAGCACUGACAUCAGAAGUGGGUCUGCUGACCGUAUCCAGGUGAGAGCUCUUGUGAGCCCUGCUCAGCUGCUCCCCGCCAGCUCGCCCCGCCCCCUUCAGCCACCGCUGCCAGCUGACAGCUUCGGUCUGUUGUCGGCAUCUCUGGCGGGCUCUGCCCGCCGCAGUGUGGAUCUGUCCAAAACCGGCAUCAAGAUCUUGGUCCCGAAGAGCCCAAUGAACGGCCGGCCGGACGCCGAGGAGUCGCCCAGCGAGGCUGCGCACAGCCUGGAGGCCGGUGAGGCUCACCUGGUUCCACCAGAGGUUGCUCUGCUAGAGAAGCCGCCGUCUGGAGUCCAGCUGGGUCCUGGAGAGGAGCGGGCCCGCAUGGGGACCCGGCCCCGCAGCCAGAACCCAUCGCCACCGCCACGAGCUCCCAUCACACCAGCCGCCAUGCGCUCGCUCAGUGGCAGGGUUAACUCGCCACUGAUUGAGGGGGUUGCAGUUGGUGGGAUGUCAGGGGCACAGAGCACUGUUGCCGGGGCAACCAGCUUGACGGGGAAGCGGCGCCUGGAGGACCGCUCUGCGUUUGACAAACGGCUUCGGUUCAGUGUGCGUCAGACAGAGAGCGCCUACCGUUACCGUGACAUUGUGGUGAAGAAACAAGAUGGUUUCACCCACAUCCUGCUGUCAACCAAAAGCUCCGAGAACAACACGCUCAACCCGGAGGUGAUGAAGGAGAUCCAGAGUGCCAUGGCGACAGCAGCAUCAGACGACAGUAAGCUGGUGUUACUUGGCGCCGUUGGCAGCGUCUUCUGCUGUGGUCUGGACUUCCUGUAUUUCAUCAGACGCCUGACAGAUGACAGGAAGAAGGAGAGCAUCAAGAUGGCCGAAACCAUCAGGACCUUCAUCAACACCUUCAUCCAGUUCAGGAAGCCCAUCGUGGCAGCGGUGAACGGGCCGGCAGUCGGCCUUGGCGCCGCCAUUCUGCCACUUUGUGAUGUGGUGUGGGCCAACGAGAAGGCGUGGUUCCAGACACCAUACACAUCCUACGGCCAGACGCCCGACGCCUGCUCAUCCUUCACUUUCCCACGCAUCAUGGGGCUUGCUGCAGCAAACGAGCUGCUGCUCAGCGGCAGGAAGCUGACGGCUCAGGAGGCGUGUCUUAAAGGGCUGGUGUCUCAGGUUCUGUGGCCGGGAACCUUCACACAGGAAGUGAUGCUACGGAUCAAAGAGCUGGUUGGCGUUGACUCGCUGGUCCUACGAGAGUCCAAAGCGCUGAUGAGGAACACGAGCCGCGGGGCUCUGGAGCAAGCUAAUGAGCGCGAGUGCGAAGCCCUGAAGAGAGUCUGGGGCUCCUCGCAGGGAACUGACUCCAUCCUGCAGUACCUGCAGAGGAGGACCGAUCUGUUCUAGGAUCCACUUUGUCCGAGGUCUGACUGAAGGAUGACGGAUCCUCCGGAAGCCGCCGCUGUGUCCACUGCUGUCUCUUAGGCUGGCCACGGCAGGUCAGCUGAUCUGGGUCUGAUUCGGCCGAGGUUCCUCAGAGCUUCAUGCCGUCAUCGCUCACCGUUCUUUUCUAAGCUCCUCCCACCAGACUGUCUGAAAUGCUCCAUUUAUGUCCCGUCUCUGAGCCCUACCUCCCUGUGACAUCACACCGUCUGGCCAAACUAAAAGGAAAUAAAGAUGGUGGGCAGACUCUGAGGGCUGUUUAUGCAUCAUUUGUCACAGCAGCUCCGCCUCCUCACGCUAAAGGCUCAUAUUCAGCUCAUGACAAAUGACUUUUGUGACCGGGACGAGUUUUGUUUAUUUUUACUGGCAAACUAAAAGCUUGCGGACGCUAAUAGAAGCUAAUGGAUGCUAACAGACAUUAAGAGAUGCUAACAGGCAUUAACAGAUGCUCACAGACACUAACAGGAUCCAGCAGAUGCUAAUAGAUGUUAACAGAUGCUAAUAGUUGCUAAGGUAUGCACACAGAUACUAAGAGAUCCUAACAGAUGCUCAUGGAUGCUAAGAGAUAUUAAUAGAUGCUUACAGGAACUGACAUUAUCAGGCGCUAACAGAUGCUAACAAGCGCUAACAGGCAGUAACGGUCGAUAACCGCAUUAGCCACAGAGCAUGCUAAUCAUCAUAUAGAUGUUUCUUUUGCAGUCAACAGAAAUGUGGCGGCUGCAUCUGGGCUCGUCGGUUUGUCACAGUGAGCCAGAUUGCGAGGGGCGGGGUUAUCCAGCGAGCGUAGAGGAUAAACUGAGUAUUUCGGGAAAUAAAUUUGAAGACUCCUAAACAUCUCAGUUCAAACUUUUAAGGAAAGAGGUGCUUGUUAGCCUGCUUGUCAGACCAAGACGAAGGUUUUCCUGCAGGAGCCUGAACAGUUAACCUCAGGAGUAAACGUGGCUAACAGUUUUUCUACUCUAGCCUGUUAGCCUAAGCUGAGCAAGGCUAAGAGUUUUUUUGCUUCCAGCUUUUUUGCUAAGCUAAUAUAGGCUAACUGGUUCCCUGUUUCCCGCCUUUAUGCUAAGCUAAGCUAACAGGCUGAUGGAACAAAUCUAGGGCUGUCUUUACCUGGGUAAUUUUUACCUGGGGUCGGGUCAGGGUUAACCCUAAAUUAAAUGUUUCUGGUGCUGCAGUUAUGUAUCGUGGGCAAAACACCUGGCAGGUGGUCACUGUUUUUUGUGUGUGAGAAUAAACUCAGAUGUGUCAUAUGA